AUGGAGUUCAUCAUAGCUGAUGCCUCAAUCACUGAGUUUAAUUUCACAAGCGACAACACUUUAUACUAUAAUUUUAAGCUUAAUAUUUCUGUGAGAAAUCCGAACUUCGACAACGAGUAUAUGCGCACGGUCCAGGCAAUUUCUUUUUAUAAGGGUAAUAAAUUUGCUGCAGUGGAUAUGGUAGACCAUAAAUUAUAUGGCAGGACUACCAAUUUGCUUAGGCCUGUCGUGUUUUACGGGAACAAUUUGAUCAAACUCAAUGCUCAAAAAUUUAUUGAGUAUGAAAAUGAGAUACAAUUGAGAAAUAUUAAUUUAGAUGUGAAAUUAGAUAUACAAUACGGUGAACCUAUUUAUUGUUUAGGUUUGAGAGUUCCUUUGAUAUCCAAUAAAAAGUUAGAAUCUACUUUCAAUGUUACCAAAUGCUCCCGUGAAUACCAGGGAUGGGGUUAG